GCUUUCAUCAAUGGACUGCACGAGAAAGGAGGGAUGGCGAUUAGCUGGCUUUUGGUGUGGGAAGUGUCGCUCACCGUUGCGGUCAUCUUGUCAACAGCUGUGACGACCUUCAUCAUUACUCUCCCAUACACGUAUAGUCACUUCCAUCCACACAGCAUCAAUGAAUCCGACUUUACCGAAGAAGACAGAAAGGACUCCGAGCGAUCAGGCUAUGCGUACUACCAACAGCACAAAACCGCGGAUGGCGUUCUCACGGCCGUUUGUUCGAUCCAGAUCGUGGUCCUGGGCGACAUUGGCCGCAGCCCAAGGAUGCAGUAUCACGCCUUGAGCGUUGCCACCCAUGGCGGCAAGGUAGACCUAAUCGGCUACAUCGAUCCAACGGUCGAUCUGAACCCGGAUGUGAAGGCUCAUCGUUUCAUCAACAUCGUGCCAAUUCCGCCCUUUCCGUAUCAGACGAAGAGUAGGAUCCUGUUCCUGCUACUUGCGCCUCUGAAGGUUGCAUGGCAGUUUCAGUCCCUCUACGUAGCUGUUGGCUACUCCACGAAGGCUACCAAAUGGAUGCUAGUUCAAAAUCCGCCAUCGAUACCGACAUUGCUAGUUGCGCAGAUGAUAUGCUUCUUCCGCAACACACGUCUCGUCAUCGAUUGGCACAACUUUGGCUACAGUCUGCUAGCUCUUCGACUUGGGCGCAAGCAUCCGUUUGUGAUCCUCUCGGAGUGGUAUGAAGGCUUCUUUGCGCGAGGUGCGACAGCGCAUUUUGCGGUUACGAACGCCAUGUGUCGGGUGUUGAAGCAGAAGUGGAGCAUCGAUGCGUUACCAUUACAUGACCGACCAGCCAGGCAUCUACGACCGCUGAGCGACGAGCAGCGUAUCGAGUUUUUACGCUCGAGACCGGAGUUGCAAGGCGAAGACCUCACUUUGACGCAUCGCUCAUGGCGUUUAAUAGUCAGUUCCACAUCAUGGACGCCUGACGAAGACUUUUCCAUUUUGCUAGAUGCGCUGGUGCAGUAUGCCGCAGUACGAAAGUCUCGGACCAAAUUGCCGAAACUGUACGUUACCAUCACGGGCAAAGGUCCGCAACAACAGUACUAUCUCCAGAGGAUACGGCGGCUUGUCGACGACCGCAAGCUAGACGAUACCACCAUCACCACCGCUUGGCUCAGUACCGAAGACUACGCUUCGCUGCUGGGCUCCGCCGAUUUGGGGAUUAGCCUGCAUACUUCGUCUUCGGGUGUCGAUCUACCCAUGAAAGUGGUCGAUAUGUUCGGCGCCGGAUUGCCUGUCGCGGGCUGGAGUAACUUUCAAGCUUGGCCGGAGUUGGUCACAGACGGUGAGAAUGGGCGUGGGUUUGAUAGUGCCGAGGGUCUUUCGAGCGUCCUACAGGAGUUGUUCGGUGAGCAGAAUAUGCGCCAGUUGGCUCGCCUGCGGGAAGGUGCUUUGAGGGAGCAGGAGCGGCGAUGGGAUGAUGAAUUUAUGCCUGUUGCUGGGCAGCUUUUCAGGUUGAAAGCAGAACGGUAGUCAUACGUUCUUGAAGGCCAAGUCAUCUAAACACUGUUGCAGUUCUCUUUGACGGAAGUCUUCACGCGAUGCUGCGGCUGUUUGGAUAACUUGUGCGAUACCAGCCUUUCCCAGAUCAUUUGGUGCUCCCUAAGAUAUGUCAAAACCAUCAUGAUGAUUGCCGACC